AUGAACAAUCACACUUCUCCGAAUUGGGAAUCUGAAUUGAAGCUUUGUAACCAAGCCCUAACACAGGAUGAAAGAAAUUUCCACUGUUGGGAUUACCGCCGCUUUGUCGUUUCCAAGGGUAGUAUUUCAACGGAGUUAGAGCUGGAGUUUACAGACUCUGCCAUAGAAAAAAAUAUGAGUAAUUAUUCAGCUUGGCACUAUCGUGGUGAACUUUUAGCUUCUGCGUCUAACGCUUCUGUAUCAUCGUCCGAAAGUCUUAAUCCUCAGACUCAUUUGAAUAAAAAACAAAGCCAAUCUCGGUUUGAUUUUUCAUUACCGAAUGGCGAACUGGAUCUUGUUCACAAUGCAAUAUUCACAGAUCCCGCUGAUCAGAGUCCUUGGUUUUAUUAUUGGUGGUUAUUGGGUCGCGGAGAAAGAAAGGUUUAUUUAAGGGAACUGUAUAUUUCACGGAAGCUGGGAAGAUUUGUUCUUGUUUUCAGCUCUGUGAAAUUGAUGCAAAGUUUAAAAGAUUUGCAGGUUUCCAUAAAAGUGUUUCCAUGUGACGGUACAAUUUCUAAUUCUAUAACUUUAACACCUGAGCUUCUUGGGGGAUGGAACUCUGUCCUAGAUGAGCAGUUAUCAGCUGUUUGGUGGUUGCGCUUAACCAAGAUUUAGUAUCUCGUUACGCUCCUGAUAAUGAUAGGCACCUGUAUCAGUGUCAACCUUGGAAUGUUGUAGCCCAAGUCUGGAUUAGAAAAGCUAAUGGCGAUGGAAACCAGGAAAUCUGUGUUAAUAUGCCUGAAGAUUCUGCAAACUACUUGUCCCUUCAGUGUUGUAUGGAUUCUCAUCAAAAUGAAUCACUGACACGCGUCACUCUAGACCCUCUAA